AUGUCUUAUAUUCCGCCACACAAGCGAAAUUUGAAGGAUCCGGUUAGACCUUCCCCUGUUCCAGAUUCUCUUGUUCCAAAAUUCAAGAAAAACAUUGACUUCAAGAGUAGCAGUGAUAAAGGCAAUGCUAUUGUACAUUCAGGAGAUUUUAUUUCCAAAUGGUUUCUUAUUGGUUCGAAUGGAAUCGAGGACGAGGUUCCUCCAUAUGUUAAGCUUGUGCCCUUGUCCUCGGAUUCUUCUGAACGCAUAGAUGGAGUAAAGUCUUUGGUACUGAUGAACAACGACUUGCAAAGAGUGAAUAUUACAACUGAAUCGAGGAAAGAAGAAAAAGAAAAGGAAGAAGAAGAGAGAACUCGGUGGCUCUUGUUAGCAGAGAGGGUCGAGGAGGACCUUGUGCUUGCCUAUGAGCAAGCUAAGAGAGCAAUGGAGGAUCCUCAUCUUUUAGAUAGUGCUAAACUGAGAUUGGUUGCUAGGUUUGGAAAAAUGAUAUUUUAUGGGCGUCAAGCUGGUGGUCCUGUGGCUGAAUAUUCACUAGAAAAAACAAAAAGGAUAUUCUCUACAGAUGUACCAACUUCUUUCAUACAAAACAUCAAGUCUAAGGCUAUACCAAGCCAUAAGUUCUGUAUAGGCGAGUUUAAGGAGACAUACAUCGUGAAGGCUUUGCUUAAUCCUGUAAGAUAUUUGGUUGUUAAUGUGUCCUGCCUUGAUAAGAAUCUUGACAUGAGGCUCAUGCUCGCGGGCAAAAGGAAAAUUAUGGCUCUCACGGAGAAAGAGAUGAGUAAAAUUCAAGAACUACUGGAUUCAGCGACUGUUGAUCCGAAUGUGAAAGGAAGAUUAAGGUGGCCGAUUCGCAAAACUUCAUCAGAAUACAGAAUACUUGAAGUUUGUCACGUUAAAAGUACCAUCUACAAAAACCAGACUCUUAGGCUAAGAGUUAGAGACACUGAUAGAUUUAACGAGAGGUAUGGAACAGGGGAAAUCGAGAGGGGAGUGACUUUGAUACUUCAAAGUGUCAACACUAUGCUUCAGGAGAAGGAUAUUGAGAGGGGUUGUGUAAUGGAAAUGCUUCGAGAUGUUCUUGGAACCAUAUGGGACUUCUUCCGUUGCGAUGCCAAUUAA